UCUUUCCAUAUACUACUAAUCUGCUACGUGUGUAUCACAAUUAUCUUUUUACAAUGGUAGUCCCAACAAUGGAAACGUCAGUGCAAGAGAAGGCAGAUGCAGCGAUUCCAGUCACAACAAUUUCACCUCCAGAAGGAAACACAACUUUCCUUGAUGGUACAACAUGGUGUGUGGCCCUGGCUGGGGUCUCCCAGAUUGAUUUGCAGAAUGCAUUAGACUGGGCGUGUGGGCUGGGAAAGGCAGAUUGCGGUGCAAUCCAAGAAGGAGGACAAUGUUAUGAACCUGAAACACUCGUUUCUCAUGCCUCCUAUGCCUUCAAUAAUUAUUACCAACUAAAUGGCAAUUCUGAGAUUGCUUGCAAUUUCGGAGGAACUGCUACCUUAACAAAAAAUAACCCCAGUUAUGGAAAGUGCCUGUAUGCUGCACCAGGAUCUGUUGACUCAGCGGCACCUCCUUUAUCCAAGUAUAAAUCAAGCUUUUUAUGGUGGAAAAUUGUCGGGGUUUUGCUGCUUUUGUACAAGGGAAGCUGAUGCAAGGUUUAUUUGUACUUGCAAUUGAAGCUUGAAUGAUCUUUGCCCUGAUUUUGUUGAAAUGGAUGGAUAUGCUUGGAAAUGUAAAGUUAGAAUAAUUAGAGCAUAAUCAGACCGAGAUAUCCACAAAUAUUUGGAGCUUACUGUUUUGUAUUAGCAAUAUGCUACUAUAUAUGUUGUCGGAUUCCUACCUUUGCAAUUGGUUUAGGAAUCUAAUAUUUAUCUAUUUAUUCCUCCGGCAAUCACAUGCUUUAUUUGUUUCUUAAUAAUUAAUUU